CGCCGGGAGUCCUGGCCCCAUGGCCCGGGGGGCGCGCGCCGGAGCCACCGCGCCGCCCACCCCCGGCCCGCACCCUAGCGCCGGCCCGAGCAGCAGGGGAGCCCCGGGCGCCGCGGGCCCGGACUCCGGGGCCCGCCCGCGGCCCCCGGCCCCGCCGCGGGGAAUGGGAGGCAGGUAGCGGCUCGCGCGAGGACCCCCUGGCGGGCUGGACCGGCCAAGGACCGCGCCGCCCCGAGACCCGGAGGAGAGGAGCGGCCCGCCCGCCCCCCGCGGCCGCUCCCCCAGGGCCCUCCCCCGGCGGCGCGCUCCCGCGCGGGCACACACUCGCACGCCGUGCCUCCUCCUCCGCCCGGCCUCGCCAGCCCCCGCCGGCGCCCAAGCCCCCGGGGCCGGAUGCCAUGGGUAACAACUUCUCCAGCAUCCCCUCUCUACCCCGAGGAAACCCGAGCCGGGCGCCGCGGGGCCACCCCCCAAACCUCAAAGACUCCAUCGGCGGCCCCUUCCCUGUGCCCUCUCACCGAUGCCACCACAAGCAGAAGCACUGUCCGCCGGUGCUGUCGGGCGGGGGCCUCCCGGCCGCUCCUCUGCUCUUCCACCCGCACACCAAGGGCUCCCAGAUCCUCAUGGACCUCAGCCAUAAGGCCGUCAAGAGGCAGGCCAGCUUCUGCAACGCCAUCACCUUCAGUAACCGGCCGGUUCUCAUCUAUGAGCAAGUCAGGUUGAAGAUCACCAAGAAGCAGUGCUGCUGGAGCGGGGCGCUGCGCCUGGGCUUCACGAGCAAGGACCCGUCCCGCAUCCACCCCGACUCGCUGCCCAAGUACGCCUGCCCCGACUUAGUGUCCCAGAGCGGCUUCUGGGCCAAGGCGCUGCCCGAGGAGUUUGCCAAUGAGGGCAACAUCAUCGCCUUCUGGGUGGACAAGAAGGGCCGUGUGUUCUACCGCAUCAACGACUCGGCCGCCAUGCUCUUCUUCAAUGGGGUCCGCACGGCAGACCCGCUCUGGGCCCUGGUGGAUGUCUACGGCCUCACGCGGGGCGUGCAGCUGCUUGACAGCGAGCUGGUGCUGCCCGACUGCCUGCGGCCGCGCUCCUUCACAGCCCUGCGGCGGCCGUCCCUGCGGCGCGAGGCCGACGAGGCGCGCCUCUCCGUGAGCCUGUGCGACCUCAACGUGCCGGGCGCGGACGUCGACGAGGCCCUGCCCGCCGCCGGCUGCCCCAUCCCGCAGAACUCGCUCAACUCGCAGCACAGCCGCGCGCUGCCCGCGCAGCUCGACGGCGACCUGCGCUUCCACGCGCUGCGCGGCGGCGCGCACGUCCGCAUCCUGGACGAGCAGACGGUGGCGCGCCUGGAGCACGGGCGCGACGAGCGCGCGCUCGUCUUCACCAGCCGGCCCGUGCGCGUGGCCGAGACCAUCUUCGUCAAGGUCACGCGCUCCGGCGGCGGCGCGCGGCCGGGCGCGCUCUCCUUCGGCGUCACCACGUGCGACCCCAGCACGCUGCGGCCCGCGGACCUGCCCUUCAGCCCCGAGGCCCUGGUGGACCGCAAGGAGUUCUGGGCCGUGUGUCGCGUGCCCGGGCCCCUGCAUAGCGGCGACAUCCUGGGCUUCGUGGUCAACGCCGACGGUGAGCUGCACCUCAGCCACAACGGGGCGGCCGCCGGCAUGCAGCUGUGCGUGGACUCCUCGCAGCCGCUCUGGAUGCUCUUCGGCCUGCACGGAGCCAUCACGCAGAUCCGCCUUCUCGGUUCCACCAUCUCGGCAGAGCGGGGCAUCCCCUCGCUCCCCUGCUCCCCUGCCUCCACACCAACCUCGCCCAGUGCCCUGGGCAGUCGCCUCUCCGACCCUUUGCUCAGCACGUGCAGCUCUGGCCCUCUGGGCGGCUCUGCCGGCGGGACAGCCCCCAACUCACCUGUGAGCCUGCCCGAGUCGCCAGUGACCCCAGGCACGGGCCAGUGGAGCGACGAGUGCACCAUUUGCUAUGAGCACGCGGUGGACACGGUCAUCUACACAUGUGGCCACAUGUGCCUCUGCUAUGCCUGCGGCCUCCGCCUCAAGAAGGCUCUCCACGCCUGCUGCCCCAUCUGCCGCCGCCCCAUCAAGGACAUCAUCAAGACCUACCGCAGCUCCUAGCCCGCCGCGGCGCCUACCCGACAUGCACCUCUUCAGACUUUAGCCCAGGGACAAGCCAACAGGGCCCCUUCUCUUCUUCCUCGUUUUGGAAACUUUUCCCUUCUCCAUUAAACAUGGGAAACUGUGGCCCCUGACGGUUUGGGGGAGCAGGCAGGGAGGUGGGGGGCAGAAGCAAAUUGCCUGGCAGAGGGGAGGGGAGUUGUUCACAUUCUCCCUGUCUUCUUUGCACCCAGCUUUCCCCUGCAUGCCGAGGAGCCAGGUUGGGGUCUCGGCCUGUCCUGAUGCUUCCCCAUCUUGGGCAGAUUUCUAGGAGGCCCCUGUCGCCCAUGUAGCACCUUUGUGAGAAUUAGAAAACGUGUCCCUUGCUCUGGGCAGACAUGACCUUGAGCCAGGACUAGUGACUUGGCUAGUAGACUUUAGAAGGGACUUUGGCCUCCACUUGCUCCCUCAGCCAACUGCCCGUGAGCAGCGCACAACCUGCUCCACAGCUGCCCUGGGCAGGCAGCUCCUUAUUCUGACCUGUACCUACCUUACCCUUCCUCCCCUCCCUGCCCCUCGGACAUGGGAGCCAGGGGCCAGAAGACCAGUGGAUGCCUCUCACCCGGCCCCGCUGCAGCAGCCUCCAUGCCCUGGCCCUCUCCUGCUCACCCAGGACGAGUGGACAGAUGGGCUGCAGACGGCUUGGGGUUCUGGGUCCCUGGGCCUCUGCCCUGCCUGUGAAGAAGAGGCUUCCUUCCUGGUACCGCCUUUUGCUCCAAUCAUCUCACUGAAUGCUGCUGCCCAGGCCGAGUGUGGGCAGCUUGUCCCCAUGUGGUCGGAGAGCAGGGUCCGUCUCUUGUCAGGGUCUCAAAACAGGCUUGCAUCUACUCCUGUGACUGUCUCCCACAUCUCAGUGCUGUCCUGGGCUUGGCGAUGCUCAGCGCCUGCGGCGUGCCCAGGAGAGGCCAGGGCUCUGAGCGGUGGAGAGGCCCCCUGCGGGAAGACCAGCCUUUCCCCUUAAUUUAUUUAUUUAUUUGGAGUUUCUGUUUGUUUUCUGUAUUUGUGUGGGUGAGUUCCUAUCCUCUGGGCCCCUAGAAAUGUUGCCCUUAUAUGCGGGCAUGAGAGCAGGCAACCAAGAUAGUUAUCACUCAGAAUCUCCUCAGACUCCAGCCAAGGCCCAUAGCUCUGCUUACCAUGAACUGGAACUCCAUAAAAAGGGGCUGGAUUGAAGGGCCUCCUGGUAAAGUAUGUCCAUUUUAUAAGAAAGCAGGCCAGGCGUCCAUAAUGCCCUGGGCUGGUGGCUCCCCGGGAGCCAGAGUGCCCUCUGUGGCAGGCCGGAGCUGGGUGAUCAUUGUUGACGCAAGCACUUCAGGAGGUUGUGGAGAUCCCCCUUCCCUGAGGACAGUCAGUUCUGGGAAGGCUGAAGGGGGGAGCCCAGCUUUGAUCAGGGAACUAGGGCUGGGGGAAUCUGUUCUCAGGAAAGAGUCUACCACCUCCCAGAGUCUCCUCCUGUGGGAGCGGGAUGAAAUCGGGCAGGUGGUAGCCCCUGUUCUGUCGGGAGUCCCGUCUCAGAGGCAGAGAAGGUACUUGACCACCGGGAAAGAUGGAAGGGAAGGAACUGGGUGCUUCAUCCUGGUUCUUAGGUGAGGGGUCCCUUACCUGCUCUUAGGCCAUAGUCACCUUAGCCCUAAACCCUGUCCUGAUUGGUGUGGGCUGGGGCGGCUCUGAGUCUUGGUCCAGUGUCCUCCAAUCCCCAAAUGUCCAGCCCUCUGCUCCUCAGAUGGCUUUUGUAUUUCCACCAGAGACCCUCUGUGACCAACAGAGCAGGGGAUUCUGGACCUGGCCCCUGACCAGUGGUGUGGCCUGUGCCGGGUCAUCGUCCCUCUGAGCCUCAGCUGCCACCUCUGUAAAGGGAUUGUUGGGGAGGAGGACUUUCCGGGUGAUUCUCGGAGUUCGAGUUCGUUGUUGAGGGACUGCUGGGGGUGGCAUGGUGGGAGCGCACCAGGCUGAGCCUGUUUGUGCUCGCCUCGCAGUGGGCCUUUGGGGAGUCACGAUCCCACUCUGGGUCUCUGCUCCCCAGUCACUGACCCUGGAGUCCUGUUCUGUGGGAGUGGGUGAUUUGGCGGGUGGUGCCCCCGAUCAGUGAGAGGCCCCAUCUCAGAGACAAAGCAAGCUCUUCAUUUCUUUGGGGCUGUGUGGCUUGCGGGCCGGGAACGGAAGCCAUAUGUCCAUUGUGUCUCUGUUAGUGUGGGGGCAGCUGCUGCCUCCUUUGUGAACUCGGGUCGCUGUGAUUGUGAAUAAAGGUGAUUCGU